GAGCAACAUACUAAAAUAUUCGCGUCUAUGUGCCCCGACGAAAUUCUCGAUUAUUACGACAAUUACGAAACCAGGGAAUACCACACGACGUUGAUGCUCGGCGAUGUUUCAGGCUUCACAGACCUCACGGAAAAAUACACAAAGACCGGCGUUGGCGGUCCCUCCAAGCUGUCGGAAACUUUGAACAGUUAUAUCGGCGCGAUGGUGCAGGAGAUCCUCUCGCAUAACGGGGACGUCGUGAAAUUCUCCGGCGAUGCGUUCAUAGUGAUGUGGAAGCUCCAAGAAGGGAUGUUUAUGCGCGAUAUCGCGACGGAAGCGAUGCAGACCGCGUGCAUUAUACAGAAACAUUUUGGAACUUACAACACUGACGUCGGUGUAACGCUCAGAGUAAAACUUGCCAUUGCUUCCGGGAUAACGUACUUCACGUCUAUUGGCGAUCCAGAAACGAUGUCGUAUUAUGUCAUCACUGGAAAACCUGUCUGGGAUGUAAAGUUUGCCGAAGGAUUAUGCCGAGGCGGUGAUAUUCUCGUGGCGCCCAGUAGCUGGCAAUGGGCAAAUCCUAACGAAUACGUCUAUGAGAAGUUACCGGAUGGUGUACAUACUUUAAUCAUAGCUUGCUCAGCAAUGUGGUACCACUCCAGAGCUCAUGAUAUUCACAAUGGUACUGGAAUCAAUAACAGAAACGCCGAACAUAACAGAAACUUUUUCGACUCAUCACAUGUCAAAGUGCCAAAUAGUGCAACCUUAAUGAAUUGGACCGGCGAUACUCAGAAAGAACAUGAUUUCGAGCAAGUCGAUUAUAGUCUGAGGCCUAAAGUCAUAAGGAUAGCCAAAGAGCGAUUAAAGGAUUCAUUAAGAAGCUAUAUGCUCAGACCAGUAAUACGAUCCGUGGAAAUGGACGAGCCGUUGGAGCAUCUUACAGAGAUGAGACAAGUAGUCAUACUCUUCAUCAACGUCAUCACGACGGUCAUGGAUAACGAAGAAUUGAUCUCGCUCGUUAGUGCGGCUUAUAAAUUAGUCUGCGGGGUAGUCUGCGAGAUGCACGGAUGCGUGAACAAGACGUCCCUCUUCGACAAAGAUCUGAUAUUCCUCUGCAUAUUCGGACUGCGCGGCGACAAACACGAGUUGGAAUCGCAGAUUGGAUUGAGAUGUGCCAGUAAGGUGCGGCAGCAUCUCCUAGCGAUGAGGAACGUAAAAUCCGUGACGAUCGCCGUUACCACCGGAAUGACAUAUUGCGGUGUGGUCGGUCACAUUUUACGGAGGGAGUAUACCGUGAUAGGAAUGUCGGUGAAUAAGGCAGCGCGUUUGAUGGUCGCAUAUAAUAACAAAGUGAUAUGCGAUCGCGAAAGCUUCCUGCGCUCUCGUCUCGAAGCAAGACACUUUAUACUGCAAGAGCCGAGACAUCUGAAAGGAAUCACGAACGUCGGUCCUGUCUAUGAGUUUCAGGAACAGACAAAAUUUAUUGCGCCUGAAUUAAUACGGAGAAAGUAUCCUUUGCUCGGACGGGAAGCGGAAAUGAAGAUUUUUCGACAGAUGCUAUCGAAUCUGAUAGCACAUUUCACCACGGACGAAACAACGCAGCACAUACAACCCGAACAUAUGUUGAUCAUAAAAGGCGAACCGAGAAUCGGCAAGACGAGAUUGUUGGAUGAAAUUGCACAGAAUAUUCCCGCGGGUGUAUCACGCAACUAUAUCUCCUUGGUUAUGAACGAUGCUAAGGUUGACAUAGAAAUUGCAAGAUUUUUCAACUAUCACAUAUUUAAUUUAAUCGAUUAUGUUUCUUACAGUUUGAUCCAUCUGAUAUUUUCUAUACCGCUGGGCUUCAACGACGCCACUGCCCCGAGAGACCGCGAAGAAAUACUGAUGUCACGACUGGAACAUGUAUACGAACCAGAAUUUCUUUGCGUCCUUAAUCAGCUCUUCAACGUGCAUUUCAUGAUGAGCCCGCGCUACAAAGCGCUAUCCGGGAAACAAAAGCGCAAAGUAUUGAGCAAUUUUCUGCUUAAACUGAUGAGAGAUUGUUUUAAGGAGCUAUGGGUGGUGAUCAUCGAUAAUGCCCAGUAUAGUGACAAUGAUUCCAUGAAACUGUUUCGUACGAUGACCAAACAGAGCACAGUCUUCUUCAUUCUUAGCAUCGGACGCGAGCUCAACGGCGAGUACGAAAUACACCCCACCGUUUUGGAGAGAGCACGAAUUAUCGAAUUGGGUCGCAUAGACAAGUGGUAUCACGCAGCGCUCGCAUGUCAGAUCCUCGACGCAUGUGGAAUUCCUCCGGAACUCGAAAGAUUAAUUCAAGAAAGAAGUUUUGGCAAUCCAGGAUGGAUAGAAAGUUACUUAUUGAGCCUCACACAAUCUGGUAGCCUCGUAAUAGUGCAUAUCAGCAAAAUGAUUGCCGAGGAAAUGGGCUAUAUUUUUGACUCGUUAACACCGCUGGAUCAAAUGUUAUUAAAAUGCGCGUCGGUGUUGGGAGAAAUUAUUAAUAGAAGCAUGCUACAGUACCUAAUGGAAGAUAAAUCUAUAAGGGAAAUUGGACUCGCCGUCAAGAAACUCUUCGAGAUUCGAAUCUUUGGAUGCGCGCGGGGCGAUUUUACUACGAGCGGCAGACCGCUGGUAUUCUACAGAAAUAUAAGGAAACCUAGUCUCGAGGCAGAAACUGCGUGCGAAUGUGUGGAUCUUAUGAUACCAGAGGAACUAACGGACUUGCCGCGGCACGCGUCUUGCGGUCUGAUGCAUUUCAAAAUGUCGAUGUUCCGCGAAACUACUUAUAGAUCGCUCACGGAAACUCAAAAAAUGGAAUUACACAGCAAGGCAUUAAAAUAUCUUCGGCAACAUACCAAACGAUGUAUGGCUUGUGGCGAGAUACAAUUUACAAGAUUGUUAGGAAAAACGGCCGCGCAAGAAACUAGAAGAACAAAAUUAACUGUCGACGUCGCCGAAAUGCAUCAACUUGAAGAAGCAACUUACACUCUCAAAGAAGAGACAGAAAACGAUAUGGAACAGGUAACAGAGAGAACACCGAUUUGCCUCAAUAUUUUUCAAAAAGUCAGAAAACCCACCAAGACCUUUUCUAACGUUGACUUCGCCAACUGUCAAUGCCAUCUUAUUUUAACAACUGUCUACGCUCAGAUGUUGGAACAUUGUCUAGGAAUCGGAAAACAAGAUAUGAUUUUGACGGCAAUUUUGGAGUUUGUGGAGAUUUGUUUAGCGAGUAACAACGUACCUCAAGCUCGCAGACUUCUGAGUGACGCUGAAGCUCUGCUUCAACAAAUGUUCGAGACUAACGAGGAGAAAUCGAUAGUCUUGCUUUUUCUCACCGCAAAAAUCCAGACACUUCAAGGUAAAUGCCAUUUGGAAAGCGGAUUACUUUCCGAAGCAAGCAAGAAGCUGAACGAGGCAAUGACCAGUCUGGGCUACAAUUUUCCGCGCCGUAAAUUCACAAUCGAUUUGAAGUCGACGAUUCAACUCGAACUGCUAAGAUGGAGAUUGGUCUGUCCCAAGCGUUGGAAAAUUGACACUACCGAUGAAUUCACUACGAAUUAUAUCGAGCAACUGGCUAAUUGCUUGGCAGAGAUGUUUAACGUAUUUAGAGGAACGAAGGAAAUGAAGAAACGUGCACGACUAGCAGCCAUCUGGGGCUUAAAUGCUGCGCUGGAUGCAUCGAAUGAUUUUUUCACGCUCUGCACUUCGUUCACGAAUAUGAUGAUCACUGCGCAUGUCUACCAAACCAAGUCAAUCGUUCCUUAUUUGGAAAAACAGGCUCUCAGUAUUUGUGCAAAGAAAGGAGAUUUGCUCGAGUUUCAAGAGCUCAAAGCCAUUGCCGAACUUUAUGCGGGAGUAUUUUUCUCGCGAUGGUUGAGAGGAGAGAUCAGCAAAGCAAUCAGAAUCGGCUUUAUCACGAUGAGAAUGGCGCAAACUAUGGAUUCCGUGUUUCUUAAGUUGCUCAUACUACCGAGAUUAACGCACUUGCUCAUGAUCUCGUGCCGUCAUUCGGAAGUCGUCACUUUGCUGAGAGAAUUAGAAUUCGCAUCACGAAACAAUUUGGAUAAAUCGGGUCGUACUUGGUACUACGCCACGUGCGCUGAUGUGCAACUCGACACCGGUCUCACAGUUCUCUCGUUUCAAAAUUGCGACGAAUAUUAUCUUCAGGAAGGAGAGACUAUAGUUAGCCUACACGAUCCCGAAGCGGAAAGACGAUAUUUUACCUCCAUGUGGUUGUGGUGCGUCAGAACGCAGCAGUGGGAAGCUAUGAAAGUUUGGAGCAGCAGAAACGUGACGGCCGAGAGUGUGGUGGACGAGCAUAAGGUGGCAGCGACGAUUACCGCGUUGAAGAAAAUUGAGGGAUUGCUAAUUUUGUACGUAAGGGAAGUUACUAACAGGAACAUAAACGCAUUGAGUACGCUAACGGAAAUUAAGCAUGAAUUCAGGCAUAUCAAGAAUAUGACAAAGGUCGUAAAAAUUGCAAUUCCCAGGUAUAUGUUGAUGAAAGCUUAUUAUUAUAUGAUACAGUCGCGAAAAAGUGCUGCAAUAAGUAUGCUACAAAAAACGAAAAAAUUGUCUAUAAAAGUUGACAAUAGAAUGAUCUAUGCGUGGGCAAAUCAUUGUCAGCAGGCUUGGCUGGGUGCCAUAUCUCCCAUACAGGAGGGCUUAUGGAUAGAAAAGACUAUGAAGCUACAUGAUAAAUGGGAUGAAGUAAAUGCCAACGAUUCAACGAUGGUUCCUUUUACACUUCCAUUACCAAAAUAUAUGUUAUAAAUAUUUGUAAUUUUAAUGCA